CGAGGCACAAAGGCGAUGUGUCACGAGGGUGGUUGCGGUGCCUGCAUUGUAUGUGUAAUAUUCAAGGACAAAACGAUAGCUGUGAAUUCAUGUCUUGUACCGGUACGGAUCUGCAAUGGAUGGAAUAUUUACACGAUUGAAGGUAUAGGUACCAAAAGAGAGGGUUACCAUAAGAUUCAAGCUGUUCUUGCUGACAAAAAUGGCUCGCAAUGCGGUUAUUGCUCACCUGGCAUGGUAAUGAAUAUGUAUAGUCUUGGGUUUGAGGAAAGUUUAUCUGCAGAGCAAAUCGAAAAUUCAUUUGGUGGCAACAUUUGUCGAUGCACCGGUUAUCGUGCAAUUAUUGAUGCGUUCAGGGUAUUUGUCACAGAUGCAUCUCCAUCAAUGAUGAAAGACAUUCAAGACAUUGAGGAACUAUACGAUAUUAAACCUUGCCCGAUAUCCGAAAUGCCAUAUGUACCUAUACUCUACGAUAAGCAACAUGUAAACACAAUGUUGAGAAUAAAGUUAGAGGAUGCAAUCUUCUACAAAGUUCAUACGAUUGAGGAUCUUUUUUCGAUAUUCACAAACAAUGCAAAUGCCACGUAUAUGUUAAAUGGAGGGAAUACUGCUAAUGGUGUUUAUCGUUCGAGCAAGAAAGAUAUAUACAUUGAUAUAAACAACAUUCCAGACAUGAGUAACAUUACCAAAACUGAUUCGACUUUGGUACUAGGAGGAAAUGUAACCCUUACCACGGCACUACAGACAUUCCAAAAAUAUUCAACGGAAACUGGAUUUAAAUAUCUAGAACAAUUGGUCGAUCAUAUAGAGAUGAUAGCAAAUGUUCCCGUACGAAAUAUUGCCACCAUAGCAGGGAAUUUAAUGUUAAAAUACGAGCACAAAGAGUUCCCAUCCGAUUUGUUUUUGAUAUUAGAGACUCUCGGUACUGAGGUACACAUCUUGAAAAGUCCCUCUGAUAAGCAAAGUAUAUAUUUGUCGGAAUUUUUUAAUCUCAACAUGCACCAUAAAGUUAUUUAUAGCGUUGUGUUACCACAGCUUACUGACCAGCACAUAUACAGAUUCUAUAAGGUCAUGCCUAGAGCUCAGAAUGCUCGCGCUCACGUCAACGCCGGCUUCCUCUUCAAACUCGAUGCCGAUGACAAAGUGUUGGAGCAGCCUAACAUUAUUUUCGGUGGCAUCAAUAAAGAUUUUACGCACGCAAUUAACACAGAAAAAUUGUUGGUGGAUAAAAUUAUUUUUUCAUCUUCCCUGCUGAAGCAAACCUUGGAUGUCUUGCAUGCCGAACUGCAACCUGAUCAUGUUUUACCGGAUUACUCACCAGAAUUUCGCAAGACACUAGCCGAAGGAUUAUUUUACAGGUGUAUAUUAAGCAUCAAACCAGAGAAAAUACCUCCUUUUUAUCUCAGUGGAGGCACCAUAUUAAAACGUGGUCUCUCUAUAGGUCACCAAUUCUACGAAACGAAUGUAGACAUAUGGCCAGUGACUAAGCCUAUGCCAAAGUUAGAAUCUAUUGCACAGACAUCAGGCAAAGCCCAAUAUUGUGAUGAUCUGCUACCAUUUCCUAGAGAAGUGUUUUGUGCUUUUGUCGUCACAAAUAUCGCUAAAGGUUACAUCAGUGGGAUAGAUGCUAAACAGGCUCUUCACAUGAAGGGUGUAGUGGAUUUUUUCAAAGCCGAUGACAUACCAGGAGAAAAUCUGUGUAUUUCGGCUGUUAACGGGAUGAUGUCAUUGCCAGAGGACGAGUUACUGUUCGCUGACAAGGAUGUUUCGUAUGCCGGCCAACCUGUCGGUGUAAUUGUCGCGGAGACGCAUAAUUUAGCGAUUGAAGCUGCAAAAUUGGUUCAAAUUAAAUAUAAAGAAUCUUCGAAAACAAAGCCGGUAUUAAGUAUUGAGGAUGCUAUUAAUGCAAAUGAUAAAACUAGAAUCAGGCAAAGUGUCAACAUUCCAGCAAAGAGGAAAG